GUCGUUAUCAAUUAUCAGCUCCUUUAUUGUGGAUUUCUUUGAGAGUGCUGGUAAAACGCGCACGUUCUAGACAUGGAUAUAGCGGAAGUAGUGAACAUCGUGUUCGAGUUCCUGUGGACGAUACUGAAGGUGAACUACGAAAUACUGCGCGGGGUAUGCAAGACCAUCCUGCCGAACGAGCCCAAGGAUGUUAAGGACGAUGUAGUGUUGAUAACUGGUGCAGGCCAUGGCAUGGGUCGGGAGAUGGCGCUGCGGUUCGCCAGACUGGGCGCCAUUGUGGUUUGCGUCGACAUAAACGCUGCCGGCAAUGAAGAAACCGCCCGGAUGAUCAGACAGGAGAAAGGGAAAGCACAUACUUAUCAAUGUGACGUCACCGACCGCGCAGCAGUGAUGCAACUGAAGGAGAAGGUGUCGCGCGAGGUGGGCGACGUGGCCAUCCUCGUCAACAACGCGGGCAUCAUGCCGGCGCGCCCGGUGCUGGAGCAGAACGAGAAGGAGAUCCGCCUAAUGAACGAUGUCAACGUUAACGCUAACAUUUGGAUGAUCCAAGCAUUCCUGCCGAACAUGAUGGCGCGUAACUACGGGCACAUAGUGGCCAUGUCAUCCAUGGCGGGCCUGAUGGGCAUCCGCAACCUGGUGCCAUACUGCGGCUCCAAAUACGCAGUGCGAGGCAUCAUGGAGUCGCUGGCCGUUGAGCUGAGGGACGACCCUCGAGGACUUACCGGAAUAAAGUUGACGACGAUAUUCCCGUACAUCGUGGACACGGGGCUGUGCAAGCACCCGCGCAUCCGCUUCCAGAAGCUUAUGAAGGUGCUGGACGCGGGCGAAGCCGCCGACAUGAUCGUGGACGCUGUCAGAAGAGAGAUCGUGGAGAUGACCCUCCCACCAGAACUACACUACAUGAAUAGGUUCAUAUUCCGGUUACUACCGUUCCAAGCCGCUUGCACAUGGAACGACUUCUUCAACACCGGCGUCGACGCACAGGACUGACUUCAUUCUAUUUAGUAAUAACGAAUUACUGCUGAUACUGAAUCUAGACACAGGUUUAUUGUUGUUACUUCACGGUUUAAAAUAUGUAGUAAAACAGGAAAGAUCUAAAUAAUUGCCAUUUUUCUUUUAAUCUAAUAAAUCCGUGGUUCUAGAUUGAGAUAACCACAAAAUAUCCUCAACGUUAUUCCAAAGACCCAUAAAACUAUGAACAUAGGUUUGUCAGUAUACUGAUGUGCAAAAAUAUGUUAUAUUUUAUAGGAUCUGGUAUCGCAACAAUCCGAUUAAUUAGAAUUCAUUACAAUGAAUAUAUGUUUGUUUAUUAUCUACUAGCGUUUUGUAUUUUUUUAAAAGGUUUUAAAAAAGCAGAAUUCUUUCCCCUGUAUUCAUCUUUGUACAUUAAAAAUCAUAUCAAUAUAAUUCAAAAAUCAUAAUAAGUAGAUUCCUACGGUUAAAAAAGCUUUAGGGCAAGGGCUGUGCCAAAAUACAUGAGGAUUUGAACCAAAGGUUUGUAUUUUUUAAUGUAUUGCUUACUUUAAAGUUUAUUUAUCUAUACCUAAAUAAGUAUGUUAUUUGUUAAGAAUUAUUUAAGCAGAACCAAAACUAUGGAAUUUGAAAAAUAAUUGUUCAAACCAAAUGUAAAUAAAAUCUGCUAAUAUAUAUUUCGUUUCACUUUAAUAAUAGAUAACUAUGAUAUUUUUUAGAGAAGAUAAACAUUCAAACUAAAGAUAUAGUGACUUUUUUAUUUAAGUCCGUCAAAAUAAGUAGGUACAUUAUAUUGUCUCAAAUGUAAAGAAAUAUUAUCGAAAACUGCCCCUGCAUUCUGUAAAGUCACAGCGAUGUGACAUCGCUCACUUCCAUGGCGACUGCGUUGUUAGUGACAUUUUAUUUUUGGCAUCCCAUGUUAUAGGCGAAUAUUACAUCAACGAGUAUAAAAUAGCGGAAUAACACCUGUGUUUACAUUUGAUGUGACAGAACACAAAUAUCGACAAACAAAAUGAACUGAUAACCUUUUCCUUUCAAGAUCGAUAACAACCUCACUUAUCAGUCCUUGUAAACCAGACAACAGCACACUUAUCAAUGUAAUUCUUAUAAUAAAAUACAAAGUAAACGAUUUUUUUAUCUUUAAACGAGUUUGUUCACACUCGUAAUAUUUCUAUUUGAACAGUAGCCAUGUGGCUCGUCUAUUCUCUUUCUAAAAACGCUAACGCUUCGAAAACUAAAAAAUAUGUAUGGGAAUGAGAGAUCCGAUCGAUUACUUGGUCACGUGACCUGACGAUACCGUUGAUGAUCGAUGACGUUAUCAUUCCCAUGCCUUAAUUAAUUUUUGAAGCAUUUGCGAUCGUAGAAAGAGUAUCGACGUACCACAUGGUUACAGACCCAGGCCUCCUCCUUUCAGGGGGAUAUAUUUUUACAAAGCUGAAUAUACGCACUAAUCUCUGGAGCCCAAUCCGUAUCGGAGCAGCGUGGUGGAUCGCUCCGUAUCCAAUCUCUUAAAUGUCGGAUUAUUUUUGUGUACGAGUAAGGUAGCCAGCCUCAUGAGAAGUGACGCGAGCGUCCGCUAGUUAAUAUUGUAAAUGCGAAAGAGAGUUUUUGUUUGUUUGUUUGUUACCAGUGACGUAACUAUACCAUAACGAGUUCGCAGGUUGAAAAAGAAAAAAAAAAAGAAAAAUCCUCAUGUGAGUUUUUUCAUGAUUAGAUACUUUCUAGCUCAUGGUCUCUGCUGCAGGGGUCACCGUCGAGUCGGGCCCUUUGCCAAUCCUGUCAUCUUAUAGUUACGCCACUGUUUGUUACGCACGUUGUGACGGUUCAACUAUUCGAUUAAAAUUCACGAAAUUUUGUGUGGUUGUCAAAGCAAAGUGCAUUAAGGGCACUGUAAAAAAAAAUCCAUUAUUUCUAGAAAAUUUAUAAAUGUUAUUUUUAAUUACAUAUUUUAUUUAGUUUAAUUAGCUUUUAUAUUUUUCAUACGUUAUUAUAAACAUAAUGUGGGUCAAACAUAAUCUUAAGUUUUGUAGCAAAAAACAUAAUAAAUUAUAAAUUUAAAAUUA